UGCCCUGAGAGUUCUCUGGCGGCUAGAAAAAUACCUCUCUUGAAAGACGCCAUUUCAGUGCAUUUCCUGAGCUACGAUGGACGCAAAAGCGAUUUGGAAGGUGAAGCUUAUAUUUUUUUGUCUUCACAACGUAAGAAAUUACACUUCUACACUGCGAUUUUCGCAACUCCCAGGGGCAGAGUUGCAUAAAUCACAAUAUACGCGCCGCCAUGCGGAGGCGCUGUGAGGCGCUGGCGCUGGUGCUGGCGCUGGCGCUGGUGGCGCCGUGGGUGGCGCCGGUCCGCGCCGCCGCCCUGAUGCCCACGCUGGUGCUGCCGCUGCCCAGCCACCACCCGCACGCGCUGGGCUUCGACAUGCGCAACAUCACCAGCGAGAUGCUCGAGCUGAGCGCGCCGCUGGCGGCCAACAACUCGCAGUGCCGCGAGGACAGCCUGUGGUACCGCCAGCAGACGCUGGCCGCCGUGCCCUGGGCGCUGCGCAUGUACGACUCGUCGACGAAGGUGCCCGAUGGGCUGCUGACGGGCAACGUGGUGCAGCUGGGCAACUUCGACGAGUGCCUGGCGACGCACGCGCUGGACGCCGACGGCCACGGGCUCUUCUGGGGGCAGUACUGCCUGGCGGGGCUGGCGGUGGAGCGCACGUGGCCGCCGCCCAACGCCUCCGCCCCCGCCCCCGCCCCCGCCAACAACUUCAGCAACCACCUGCUGGCGGCGCUGGCGGGCCACCGGCUGCAGUGGGCCGUGUGCCUGCCGGCGUCGUGCGCGCCCGAGGACCUGGAGGCGCACCUGCAGGAGCGCAUGCCGGAGCUGCUGCUGCCCGACGCCGAGGCGCCGCCCUUCGAGCUGCGCGCGUCCGUGCGCGCCGCCAACUGCUACCGCGCGCGUGCCACGCAGCUCGACGAGGCCGACUGGGGCGCCAUCCUUUUAUUAGCGACGGUGUUUGCCAUCGUGAUAGCAUCCACAGCCUAUGAUGUCACACAUCCGGACACCAAUAAAGACGCGCUGUGGCUGGCCUUCUCGGUGCGCAAGAACGCGGCGACGCUGUUCGCGACGCGCGCGCACGGGCAGAUGGCGUCCGUCAACGGCAUCAAGUUCCUCAGCAUGGCGUGGGUGCUGCUCUUCCACAAGUACUGCGUCAUGGUGGAGACGCCCAACGACAACAGCGACGUCGUGCUCGAGGGGCUGAAGUACGACUGGACGCAGAUGCCCAUCUCGAACGGUGGCACCAUGGCCGUCAACUCCUUCUUCGUGAUCGGCGGGCUGCUGCUCACCCACGGCUUCAUCCGGGACCGCGUCGCCGGCCGCCCCUUCAGCCUCGUCAACUUCUACGUCUACCGAUACAUCAGGAUCACCCCCGUGUACGCGGUGGUGGUGGCUGUGUACGCGACGCUGCUGUACCACAUGGGCAGCGGGCCGCUUUGGAACCCCGUGAUGGCCAUGCACAGGGAGAACUGCCGCCACCACUGGUGGAAGAACCUGCUGUACAUCAACAACUACCAGCCGGUGACCAGCGAACUCUGUGUGGUGCAGACGUGGUACCUGGCGGCUGACAUGCAGCUGUACUGGCUGUCGCCGCUGCUCCUGUGGCCACUGUGGCGCUGGCCGCGCGUUGGGCGCGCGCUGUUGGCAACACUGCUGGUGGUGCCGCUCGCCUCCACCUUCUGGAUCACCUACGCGCGACGGUACCCCUGGGCCGACGCCAAGGACGUGAGCAACGAGAUCCGCAACUCCUACUUCCCGCUGAUCCACGCGUCGGCGUACGCGCGCGCGGCGCCCUUCCUGGUGGGCGUGGCGCUGGCCUGGGCGCUGCACCUCACGCGCAAGAACCGGCUGCGCCUGCCCGCGGUGGUGGUGGUCCUGGCGUGGGUGUCCCUGGGCUGCAUCAGCUGGACCAUCACGUACGCGCUGUACAUCUACUACAAGCCCGACCACCCGUACAACGCGCUGGAGGCUGCGUGCUUCCAGUCGCUGCACCCGCUGGGCUGGGGGCUCAUCGUCGCCUGGCUCAUCUUCGCCUGCGAGCGCGGAUACGCAGGGCCGGUGGCGGCGCUGCUGUCGUGGCGCUGGUGGCAGCCGCUGAGCCGCCUCACGUACACCGCCUACCUCGUGCACUUCGCCGUCUUCUACUACGACUUGGGCGUGACGCGCUCGCCCGGCCACUACACGCACUACAACGUGGUGCACAUCGUGCUGGGCGACUUGGUGCUCAUCCUGCUGCUGGCCACGGCGGCGGCUCUCGCCUUCGAGCUGCCCGUGCUCAACAUCGACCGCGCGCUGCUCAAGCCCAAACAGGGCUCGUCGGCGUCGGCGCCGGCGCUGGCCAAGGCGACGCAGCGGCUGUCGGUGCCGGCGGUGGCGCUGGGGGCGCCGCGCCCCUCGCUGCGCAGCAACGGCUCCGCCCCCUGCGCCGCGCACAUCAACGUCGCCUUCGAGGACGACCUCCCCGCCCCCGCCCCCGAACACGACCAGGUCACCAAGAUGUGACCGCACCCUCUCUCCUCAAACUGCAGUCCUCUUGUCAAUACUCGUCCAGCAGAUUACUCCACUUCAUUGCGCUUGGACGCUUUGAAAAUGUAUUUUACCUCUUUCAUUUUAUAACGAAUCCUGCAUAUUUUCGUAUGCCUUCACCUUUGCCGUUUUCUGCGUGUUCUUCUUUCCAAUUUUCAUUGUUUCCUAUGUAAUUUUUCUCCCCAUUUUUUUCACAUAUCGCAAAAAUUUGCUAUUCGCCUUAAUUACUUUUUUAAACUGUACUCAUUUUUCUAUAAUUCCAUUUAAGAGAACUUUACAAUAAAUUAAUAUAUUUUCCAUUUAUCUCAACCUUAUGCUAAUUUAUUUCUCAUUCACCAAUUUCAUUCCUUUUUACCCUAUUCUCAAAAUUGCGUAUUUCUGUCUAAUCUUCUUUCCCUAUUUUUCGCAAACCCACUGCCAUAAAUUCCUACGUAUUCUUCCUCAGCCAGCUUCAGCAGUUGUUAUCUGUUGCUAUUGCUUUCACCGUUUCCAUCCUCUUCGUUCUCAUUUGCUUAUGUCAUGCGUUCGCCUCUUUUCGCCGCCUUCGUCUUCAUUUUCAUUUUGGGAUUCCGGUGGCGGGCGCUCGGCGCGGCGGGGGUGGAGCCGAACACAAGCCCCGUUGUCGUGGCCUCCCCAGGGAAGGCGCCCCCGCCCCCCACCCCCCACGCACUCGCGGAGGCCGCCUGCCCACCAAUUGCCUAUUGUGCGCAACAACCACUUGUGCGCGAUUCUAGUGAAAGGGUGCCCAGAGGAGGGCUGUUUCAGCAAGGCGAAUCGCAUUUUGAAAUCCGAAAUGUAAAACAUUUUAACUGUAGUUUGUCAUUUUUUAAUCAAGUGAAUAACUCUUAUUUUCAAUUUUUACUUUUACCACUGCGAUUGCUACGUUUACUUUGUGACGGCUGACAUCACUUCCUGCCGUACUAUGAUUCGGUUCAGUUGGUAGGUCGUUCAUUUUUCGAUGUCCAUGUGAUACUUCUGUUGUUAAAUAACGUUAUUCAAUAAUAGUAGUAAUAAUAUUAGGCCUUAUUUAUGUGGUCCACCUUCCCCGCUCUUCCCAUUCCACUCUCAAUUUUAAUAAAGGAAGCUUCGAUGCCAUUCAGCUUAUUACCUUCAGCACUUUUCGAUUGCGUAGCAUUGAUUGGUCAUCUUCAGAGUUGCUGGAGCUUACGAAAUACAAAAGAACUCCUUGGAGUAGCGAUUAUAAACGCGUGGCUCGACGCAGAGCACCUCGGCGCGACUUGGAAGAGACAACAACAAGGAGAAGUCGGUCCGGAGAGUCUCUUGCCUUAGUCGAGGUGCAAAGCUCGUCGUCCACUGAGUCGAGACAGAAAGAGGAAUUAAUCAUAAUGGCGAAGUAGACAAAAAUUAUAAUUGGCUAUAAUAGAUACUAAGUAAUUUGGACAAAAACGUGACUAAAAUUAAAUUUUAUACUCAUAGAUGAGCCAGUGAUGGUCUGUGCGCUUGCUAUUCUUGCAAAGCAUUUCGGCGGGCGGUGAGCUGAACCAAGCCGAGCCGAGGCGCGCUAUACCGUGCGGUGCGAAAACUUGAAUGCAAAUUAUAACAUAAUUAUUGAUACUUUGAAUAUAGCCUUUCAAAAUUGUUUGUUCUAUCAGAAAAGCGUACUGUAUUAAAAUUAUUUUAAAGUACUAGUAUUACAUUUUUUUCUUCAGAUUAAUUCUUUAAAUUUUCAACUCAAUUAUUUUUCAAUAGAAGUUUUCCAAUUACAGUAAUUACCAUACAGGUUUUUAAGGCUAAGAAUAUGUUUUGUUUUCUCAUUGAAAUCUUGGGAAAUUAUGAUUAUAAAUUAACUUAAUAAUCUGAAAAACAGAAUUGACAUUGGAUUCUCUUCAAGAUAAUUUGCAUUGUUUUUGAGCAUCUUCAGACUCUUUGCUGACAAUAUUAAAUCUCUCAAUGCACUAAUUCAUUAAGUAAUAUUUCAUUUUAUUUUUUAAAACUCUCUACUCUACGGUGCAAGUGUAAAAAAAAAACAUCUUCACUAAAUAUUACAUUAAGUAAUGGAAGCAAUAACCACACAUCACGAAAAUACAGUAGCUAGUCGAAAAUAUAUUUUUUUGUGUAACAGUUUCAAAUCAUAUUAUAUUACAGUGUUACUCUCAUUCUUACGUAAAAAGUCUAGAAAGACCUUAAAAGAUUUUGCAUUUCUUUAGCUGCUUCUCUAUAUUUAUUUUACUUAUUUUAAUAUCUUUAUGAUUCCUAACUCAAUUUCUUCCUUUAAAAGAAAUAUUUUUGUAGUGAGUCUGCAAUUAGAAAUAGCCAUUUUGGCACAAUAUUAUACUGUAUGUUGUCAUUGGUCAGAAUAAGCAAAUGUCAGCGAUUUAAUAGAAUUGUAACUAUAACAAGUUUCAAAUUGUUAAACAAAUGGGCCAAUGAAUAAGAAAAGAUGUACAAUGAUUUUUGUUGCUAAAAGAGCUAAUGUUAUCGUAAUAGUCUUGAUUUGAGAAUAAAAAUUAACUUUAGAGAAAUUGAUAUUGCCGUAAUAAUGAAUACUAUUUUACAAAAAAAUUUUGUAAUAAUAUUAAUGAAAUAUCGUUUCGGCAUAGAAAUCAAUAGUUUCGGGGUGGCGGAGGCGGGCUUCUGGUCGCCGGGCGGCGGCGGCGGCGGCGGCGGUGGGGGCGCGCCUUGCAGCAGCACGGCCUCGUCGGGCCCCGCCACGCCCACCGGCUCGCGCGGCGGCGACAGCCCCAGCGCGCCCUACGACGAGGAGCUGCAGCCGCACGGCCUCCUGCACUUCGACGGCCCGCCCGCGCCCCUCGCGCCGCUCGACUUCUACGGCGCGCCCGCCGCCCUCGGGUGA